GACGACUAUCCCUACAGAGGCGAGUGCCCCGGUGGCAACGGCGUUGACAAGUGGAAUUAUUACAAGUGCCAAUGCACCUCCUUCGUGGCGUGGCGCAUCAACCAGAAACUCGAUAUCAAGUUCCACAACCGCUACAAGGGCCAGCAUUGGGGGAAUGCAAAUACUUGGGACGAAGCAGGCAAGGAGUCUGAGGGUGUCACGGUCAACAAGACACCCAAAGUCAAUUCCGUGGCGCAGUGGAACAAGGGUCUCGGCCAUGUGGCUUGGGUCACGAAGGUGGAAGGUGAUUAUGUUCAUGUCGAGGACUACAACUAUAAACAUGAGGAUUACGGGACGAGAAAGGUGAAGAAUAAUACGUUCGAUAACUACAUCCACCUCAGAAAA